AUGACUCAAAGUAGGAAUAGAAAUCCCGAUGUUCGAUCUAAAGCCCCUUUAGAGCUUGUGCACAUUUAUCUUGCUGGUCCAGUUGACCCUAUGUCAAAGGAAGGAUUUAGAUAUACUAUAGCUUUCACUGAUGAUUAUUCAGGUGCUGUGUUUGUGUAUUUUCUUAAAAAUAAGAGUGAUACUGUCGAGGCCACAAAGAAAUUCCUAGCUGAUUCUGCCCCAUAUGGAAAUGUUAAACGAAUAAGGUCAGAUAAUGGUGGUGAAUUUAUUUCCAAUAAAUUUAAAUCUCUUCUAAGUGAAAACAAAAUAAAACACGAGACCUCAGCACCUUACUCGCCUCACCAGAAUGGGACAGCUGAGCGUCAUUGGAGGACCCUAUUUGAGAUGGGUAGAUGUAUGCUUAUUCAGGCAAAUCUAGGUAAAGUGCUAUGGCCAUAUUCGAUUAUGGCAGCUGCGUACAUCAGGAAUAGGUGCUACAAUAAUCGCCUAAAGCAAACACCCUAUUUUGCUCUUACUGGUCGAAAGCCAAACUUAGCAAAUAUGAGAGUGUUUGGCAGUGUAUGUUGUGCUUAUGAGCAGGAUAAGCAAAAACUAGACCCCCGGUGCAAAAAGGGUAUUUUCGUGAGUUUUGAUAAGGAUAGCCCUGCUUACUUAGUGUACUUUUCAGAAACUGGAAAAGUACUCAAGUACAGAGUAGUGAAAUUCGCUACAAAGAAUGUUAGUGAACAGGAAACCCAAACCGAGGACACAUCAAGUGUUGAUUUUAGGAUGUCCCAGGACAAUAAUGGUCCAUGUAAUUCCUCGGAUGUUCAGAACCCAGGGCCCACCCAUGAAGGCCCUUGCCAACAGACCGAGGAGUCUGAUGAACCUGAUCAACAGACUGAAGAGUCUGAUGAGAGUAAGGCAGAUAUGAAUUUACAAUCUGAUGAUGGUAUAGGUCACUCACGACGUGAAAGAAAACCCCCAUCAUAUCUUAGUGAUUAUAUUACAAAUGUCCAAAUUGGGACGGAUCAGGUAUCGGGCGAUGUUGAUUACUGUUAUAAGGUAUCAGGUUUUCCAGAAACAUAUCAGGAAGCUAUAGAAUCUCCUGAUGCAGAGCUUUGGAAAGCUGCAAUGAGGGAGGAAAUGAAUUCUCUAAAUGAGAAUAACACAUUUACUUUAACAGCAUUGCCAGAGGGUCGGCAAACAGUGGGCGGUAGAUGGGUGUACACCAUCAAGGAAAGCCCAAGCAUGGCUAAAAGAUAUAAAGCCAGAUAUGUGGCAAAAGGUUAUAGUCAAAUAAAAGAUAUUGACUAUCACGAAACUUUUGCUCCAACUGCAAAUCUAACAACAAUCCGAGCUUUAAUGCAAAUUGCUGCAAAGCAGGAUUUAAUUUUACAUCAAAUGGAUGUAAAAACUGCGUAUCUCAAUGCUCCCAUUGAUUGCGAGAUAUACAUUGAGCAGGCUGAAGGUUUUGAAACCCCUUCCAAUUCUGGAGAGAAAUUGGUAUAUAAGUUGAACAAAUCUUUGUAUGGUUUGAAGCAAUCCGGACGGAAUUGGAAUAGCAUGUUGCAUAAGUAUUUAAUCGAAAACAAUUUUGUGCAAAGUAAUGUUGAUCACUGUUUGUAA